AAACUUUUUUCAGUCUUGGACGGAACUAGGAAUAUCCGCGUUUUAGCUAGCUUUACCGCAGCCAGAACUGAUGACUGACAACUUUAUGAAUGCUGUUUAUACUAGUCACUCGCUUACAGAGAAAAUUGCUUUGCCCCAAAGAUCGACAUUACGAGUAGAUAACGAGAAUGUUUACAUGCUAGGAGAUUUGGAGGUUCGACGACACAACGGCCUGUUCUGGCACCUUUAUCAUAAGAAGACCUGUGUUCUUCUAACAUCAGGACAUUUCCUUAUCUACAGCUCUCCAUUUCAUGGUCUAUGUGUUUACCUACCCGCACUUCACAAUGUCACCCAUCGAUUUUCCGGAAAUGAAGGCACUGGAAGUGAGACGAAGGCGAGAUGCGAUAUCAUUUUGUGUGAAGGACAUGCCAAAUUGGGAAUUCUUAUCAAAGGGCAUCGAUCAUUGGUGACUGCAUGGCGUCGUGGUAUCGUGUGCAGCCAUAAAGGACUGCCAAUAGCUGAGCCGCAUCUGACUGAUGAAUUAAUUUGGAUGCAACCGACGGUGAAUCCAGAAGCAUCAGAGUCACUGAUCUGUUCACUAGCAAAUCGAAGUCUUCGAUUAAACAAUUCUAUGCCUUCAUUGGUGCAGACAAUAUUCGCUACGCAAAGAAAGCAGUCUUGGGUUGGUUGCUCAGAUCCUCAACCAAGGAAAGCGUUGACAUUGGAAAAUAUUCGAAAUAUGAGAAGCUCGCUUCGACAUUCGCAUUCUUUUGCUGCAACAUUGCCAAGGGCGAAGCAUAACAUGAUGGACGAGUCCGAAUGCACACCAAUUGUCGAACACGACAACCAUGCUGAUAAUUCCAUGCUGAGCUUCAUGUCCGAUUCCGGUGUUUGGUCACCGGUCCAUGAAGAACCUGAGCUGGUUGUUCCUCCGAAAGUUGAGCAACGAGAAGAACGAGCAUCUCCUGAAACAAAAUUUGAAGAGAAGUCGAUCAGUCCCACAAGAAGUCUCCAGGGUGGCGUGGAUUGGAGACGCAUCACAAUAGCGGCAAAGCUGCCACUACUGCGGGCUGACAUUUUAAAUUUUGAAGCAGCUUUUGCUGUGAACGACGAUUACAAGGAACCGGUUUUUGAUCUCUAACCCUUCUGAUUUUUUAGACAGCACUAGUAUGCCUUGAUAAUGUGUUGCGCAUCAUCAGAAGGAAAUGGAGUGUGCCCAGGGUGUUCAUACUUUUUCUAUUGUGCUUCUAUUCCGUGCCUUCCUUUGCUUCAACAUGUUCUAUAUUACUGGUAAUUUUACUUGACUGGUGCGAAUUUUUUUUUACAUUUUGCUAACUAUUAUCCAUUUGCGCGUUAGCGCUGCACAAACAA